AUGAUGCAGGAGCACAAAUCCUUCCUCAUAAGGGAUCUCCUGGGGGAUGUUCUUUCCGAGAGGGUGCACGAAGAUUCCGAAGACGAUUCAGCCGUACAUUCGGACUCCGAGGACACGAUCGACCCUGGAAGCAGUCCUUGCACCCGAUUGGAAAGUCCUCCGCCAGCACUGUCACCGUCGCCAGCACCAGCCACUUCCGGCAAGACUUGCGGCACCACAACCAGCGGCCCUCCCAGCGGAAGAAAACCAAGGAGAAGGCGAACAGCCUUCACCCACGCUCAACUGGCUUACCUGGAACGAAAGUUCCGUUGUCAAAAGUAUCUGAGCGUGGCGGAUCGGAGCGACGUGGCCGACGCGCUGUCGCUUUCGGAGACGCAGGUGAAAACCUGGUACCAAAACAGAAGAACGAAAUGGAAGCGUCAGAACCAGCUACGACUUGAACAGCUCCGACAUCAAGCAACAGUGGAAAAGGAACUGCUGGUACGAGGCGUGGGACUUCACCAUGGUAGCAUAGACGCAUAUUGUCCACCGUACAACGCUCAAACUCAGACCCAGAGCCAUCCACCUCCACCGCCUCCGCCGCCGGCACCUUCCACAGCUUCGACGGCAGCGUUCCUCUCCACGGCAGCAGCCCUCUUUCGAAACGUCACCUACGUCCACGGCUGUCCCCUCUAACCCGGCCUAACGCCGCGGUUCCAGGAUCGUUUCUGCCUUCUGGCCGCC